AUGCGGAUAUUCGGAGGAUCGAAGGAUGACACUACCAAAUUGAGAGCAGAUACUUCGAGUGGUAGCUCUAGAGCCAAUGCUCAUGCAAAGAUUUUUUAUUCUCAGGUUGCGUUUACUCUUAUAACAUUCAUUCUUGGCUCUCGAGCACUACUUUCCAGUCAUAUUCCAUUUUUCUCAUGGCUACCCGCUCUAUUACUACUAUUUGAUGCUACCUUGGCAUUUGCGUCUCUUCUUUAUCUGGAUUUUACCCGAGAAAACACCACCUGCUAUCUACGACUAGUACUCUCUCUAGUGGUAUUGAGACUAUCAUGUUCAGUGAUCCUGGUCGCCGAGCUCUUCCUCCCACACUCUGAUCCAACUGUCUCAAUUCCGUUGAUUAUAGUAUCAAUUAUCCAUAGCACGUUCUCCAUGCUUAGCUCGGUGCAAGUGCAUAGUUUGAGCUAUUCGAAUCGAGAAAAGCUUAGCGAAGGCGAAGGAAUCAAAAUGCAACAAUGUCUUGGUAGUACGACAACUCUGGUGACAAAUGUGGACGAUGAGAUAUCAGUGGAUUUGAUCUGA